UUUAAUCAAUCUUUGUUAAUCAGCUGAAUGGGAGGGUUUGCGAUGAUGUGAAGCGCUUCUCACUAAAGUUAAAAUAUAUUCAAAUAAAAAUUAAAAGAUACAAUAUUAAAACUCGAAAAUGAAUAGCCUUCAAUCCUUAAUAAAAAGAGAACAUGGAAUGCACACAAAUGUCGGUUAUGACUUCGCACUGCGGCGACUUUGUGUAGCGAGAGAAGAUAGUUGGCUAGGUAUUUCGCCUUCAGAUUACAAUUCUGAUUAUAAUCCAGAGCCACCAAUAUUUUCCGCUAAAUUUGCAAAUUGCGAUGGUUAUCGCCACAUAUUAGCCAUUGCGAAUGAAGAUGGGAAAAUUGCUUUGCAAGACGUAAAUAAAAGGAAUUAUAGUGCAGAGGAAAAAUCUUUAAAUGCCCCACAAUGUCAUUAUAAUGCAGUGUUCGACUUAGAAUGGGCCCCGGGUCAAAUGAAAUUUGUUUCUGCUUCUGGAGAUCACACUGCACGUCUCUGGAUUGUAACUGGAUCAGAGAUCAUACAGAGUAGUACUUUUCUGGGUCACACACGAUCUGUAAAAACUGCAGCAUUUCGCAAAUGUGAUUCAUCAGUUUUUGCCACUGGAGGACGUGAUGGUGCAAUUAUUAUUUGGGACACUCGAGCUGCUUUAAGUGUUGACAUGACUCCACGUAUUGAUAAUUGUAUAUUUAGUGGGCAUGCGGGCGGGCCCGGAACACCAGUUUCUAGAAAAAAACGCCAUCAUACACCAAAACUUGCUCCGAAUACUUCAACCAGCAGUAUAACUGGCUUAGCUUUUCAGAAUACAAAUACAUUGAUUUCUUGUGGUGCUGGUGACGGUGUCAUCAAAGUUUGGGAUUUAAGAAGAAAUUACACCUCGUACAAAAAAGAACCGCUUCCUAGACAUAGUCUACCGUAUGCUGGCACAUCUACAUUUAGAGGUUUUACAAACUUAAUAAUCGACGAUUCAGCUUCCAGAUUGUAUGCAAAUUGUAUGGAUAAUACCAUUUAUUGUUAUAAUCUCUCCGCUUACUCGCCCCAACCUCUGGCAUGUUACAAAGGUUUACAAAACAGCACAUUUUACAUUAAAUCGUGCUUAAGCCCUGAUGGUCGAUAUCUUUUAAGUGGCAGUAGUGAUGAGAAAGCAUAUAUAUGGAAUUUAGAAAUACCCGAACAACCUUUGGUAGCCUUGUCUGGGCAUACUGUUGAAGUUACAUGCGUGGCGUGGGGAUCAACAAAUGACUGCCCAAUUGUUACAUGCAGUGAUGAUGCAAGACAUAAAAUAUGGCGUAUCGGUCCUGAAAAUUUGUCUAUUGAAGAGCAAACUACACAUUACCGCGGCAAAGCGACAGUGUUGCCCAGGUUACCAAAAAUGUUAUCUUCAAGUAAUCUAUGUAGUUUGCAAUUUACACCACGUUCCAUUAAACAUUUAGCGCAGAGCGGGCGAACACCAGAUUCCAUAGAAAAAUUGCCAAAUAAACGUUCUUUCCUCGAAAUGUUAGGACCUGCCACUGGUUGCGAAAAUAUGGAACAUGAACAAAAAAGACAACGAACAAUGGAAUCCCGAGCUCGACGUCUCUUCAGUCCCUCUACCUCAAGUGGCAUAAUGGGUUCCGCACAACCUACAUGUCACAUUUUCAAGCAUUUAUCUGCCAUUGCCGAAGAAACACCAGAAAAUACAAAUCCUCCAUUGGUUAAUAAUCAAUCUUCUAUGGAGUGUAACCAAGAAAAUAAUUUGGAAACUUUGACUAGUGCUUCUAAUAAAAGUUCUAAUUUAUUAAUAUCACCUUUGAGUGAGCGAGCUAUUACAGAAAAUCGAAAUAACUGCUUCAAUUCACCACCAGAUACAUCUUCGAAUAUAUUGUCAAACGGUUUGAAUGGCGUAGCAGCUUCUUCAAAUACGCAGCAACCAUUAUCUUCUGUAGUGUUUUCACCCACAUCUAAUCUGCCAAACUAUGUUUUAGAUGGUGAAGCUCCACAUUUAGUAGUAAUGUCACCAACACGAAAACACAAGGAUAAAAUUGACUGGCUUACAAAAAUUCGCAAACAAAAAUUGCUGUCUUCUCGUGGAUCAACACUUACUGAAAAAAUGAAUGAACAGAGAUCAACUGAAGUAAAUGUUAAUUUUACUAACAUUAUGUCCCCGCGUUUACAAAAUUUACGUAACGAAGAAGGCAGUCCAAGAAACACAACACCGCGACGGCGAUCAUCACAUUCUGGCCGGUCUCAUGAAACUAUGUCGCCAUCAGCUCCACAUCCAAAAACGCCUACAUCCAGUCGACGUAAUAGUGAAACAUCAAUUUUGCGUUUUUUUAGAGUGCAACACAAAAAUGACACUAACGCAACACCAACGGAAAACAACCGAAUUAAUUUAGAAACUACGUCAGCCACAAUGUCAAUGACGACCUUAACAAAUCCUAACACACAUUCUGUAAGCAACCUCACAGUUAGUUCGUGCACUGAAACGCUUAGUACUUGACCACUUUUGAAUAGUAAACAUUCGUCCCUAUUUGUAAAACUAUUUUAAAUUUAGUAACUUGUAAGAUACUUUUAAAAAUUUAUAC